GGCAAGACUUUUAGAGCCUCUUCUCCCACAAUUACAACAAUUACAAGUAUAUGUAAACCAACUUUCUAUCUGUUUAAAGUUCAAGCAUAUGUAAACCAACUUUCAUUUAAUGAAAUAUAUUAGUAAAUGUUAUAUGAUCUCUAUACUCGUGUUAAUUUCUAUCCUUGUUAUUGUUAAUUUCUCUUCAUUAACAUGCAUGCUAGUUUGGAAAAUCGGAUGCAAUAAUUGUCUCUUUUAACAAUUUUAACUCUUUGCAUCGAGUAGCAAGCAAGCAACGACAGCGAAAGCUGCAGCAACAACAGCUUAACAGAGUAACUGCAAAAAUGGCUACAUCUGCAUGUCCAAGACUACGUGUAAGCCCACAAGAACCGACGUGUCCUCCUUCAACCCAACACGUUCUCUCCAUGCAAAACCCCUCCUUUCUCCACUCUAUAUAUAUAUAUAACCUUCCACGCAUCUCAUUGAACCAUCAAAGCAUUCUCACAGCAAUCACCAAACAAUGGCAACCCAUACGAGCCUUUCCCUUGCGGCGGCGCUGCUCCUCCUGCUCGCCGCAGCAUCCUCGGCCUCCUCCCUCCGCGCCACCGUGAUCAUCGACGGCGAGGACGACGCCAACCAAGGCCGCGGCUGGAGAGGCCGCCGAGAGGAGCCCGGGAGCUGCUGGUCCCAGCUGCAGAGGCAGGGCAACCUGAGGCGGUGCCAGGACUACAUGAUUCAGGAGGCGGGGCGCGGCGGCGGCAGCAGCGGGUGGAGAGGCGGCCGGCGGCGCGUGGACCCGCAGCAGGACCCCUUCACCAUGUGCUGCAGCGCGCUGAGGCAGAUGGACCCGCAGUGCACCUGCAUGGGCAUCGAGGCGGCCGUGGGGCAGAUGAUGACGGAGCGUCGCGGCGAGAUUAGGGGCCCCACGUCGACGCAGGCGGCUUGGCAGAUCGCUCAGAGCCUUCCCGGGGAGUGCGGCGUGUCUUCGCCUUCAAGGUGCCAGUUCAAGGGCCAGCCCGCCGGCCGCUACUACACCUCCUUCUAAUUAACCUGCCUGCAUGCAUGCAUGUAUACCAUAACGUCUAGCUAGCUUGCUACACCUGGCUAGACGGCGGUAAAAAAAAAAAAAAAAAAAAAAGAAUUAGUGGAAUGAUCGAGCUAGGGAGGGAGGGGAUGAAUGAAGUAAUGAAUAAGUAGCAUAGUCGUGCCGUGUGGGUCCGGUCCACGACUUUUUGGACCUAAUAAUUAACUUUAAUGUUAAAUGGUCUAUAUGCUAGUAAUUAAUCUCGUCUUUUGUUUGUAUUUAGUAUUUGUCGUAUUUUAUCCACAUUUCGAGUGCGUUUGUUUUAUAACUAUUCUGGUUCAAACGAUUACUUCCGCCAUUAGCGAACCAAUCAAUCAAUUAAUUAAGUACUGCAAUGGAUUAAGCACAAACCAAAACCCAUAUUAAAAUGGUUUGUUACAUAGAGGUGAAAAUCACCAAAUAUCAAAAUUAUGAAUAUCAAAUAGUGCUUUAUUAUAUAAAAUAUCAAAUUCAUU